ACUUCUUUUCAGAAAGUGAAAAUAGUCGUUUCGUCACAAAAAUAACUUUUUGUGAAUUUUUCACAUACUUCUCAAGUUAAUUCUCCAUGAAAUAAGAAGUGAAUUAUCCCUAAUUAAUAACUUAUUAAAUAUUUCAAAUAUCUACGAAGUUUUCUAAACAUAAACUAAACGAAUUUCUAAGUGUUUGUUUUCACUGCAAAAGUUUUCUUUGUAAUUCGGGGAAUUCUGUUAAAAGAAAAGCUUGACAAUGUCUUUUAGUCCAAUGCACCUGGCCAGUGGAACGGGAAAGUUCUUCCAGAGGUCCGCAAAGACAAUUAGAUUGGCACGAUAUGGUUGCGCAAAUAGACCAUUCUUCCACAUUGUUGUUAUGGAGCGCCGGAAGAAUCAACAUCAACCACCAAUUGAGCAAGUUGGCACGUACGACCCCAUCCCGAAUCAAUUCAAUCAACAACUCAUCUCAUUGAAUGUUGAACGAAUACGACAUUGGAUUGGGAGUGGAGCUCAUGUUUCAGAACCUGUGGCUGAACUCCUUGGGCUCUCCGGACUCACUCCCAUUCAUCCACGAAGCUACAUCACAGCAUGGCGAAAUAGGAAGGCCCUCGUAGAAGCUGCUGCUGCGAAGAAGGCAGAAGAGAGUCCAAAAGAAUAAACGGAAAUGCUUUCAACGAAAGAAAAAUUAAUCCGGAAGUAGUUAAGGACACGCAUAAUAGCCGCGCACUGACUCACCUUCAAGAGCCAGUAGAAGGGAAUAAAGUUGGUGAGGAAGCCAGAGAAGAAUUCAGCAGUGGAGAGAACAGCAUAGAUGACCCAAUAAGUGAGCCAUUUUGUGUCAUCAACCUUCGUGGACGACUCGAUGGCCUUCAUGGAGAUGUAGGCUGGGUAGAUGAUACCAACAACAUUGCACAGCAACUGGGCGGCCCAACCAAACAUCAAGUACAGCGCAAAGAGACCAACGGCUCC